AUUUUUGUCGGUGGGACCUAGAGACGCGUAGUGAGCAACCGAGGCCAGUGGGGGUGGCGAACACCGAAGCCGGGAAGGGACAGGUCAAGAAGGGAGGGCGAGCGCGUGCUCCCGGCGCCACUUCGUCGCAGUCCAGGCUGGCUUUCCUGGGCCCAGAAAAAUUUUGUGUCCGCGCGGCCUUUCCGGCGGGUGAGUCGGAUCCGGGUCGCUGUCGGUGAGUCGAUCCCAAGCUACACCUGGGACGCACGGGCCGUGACAGGUGCGCCGAGCAGCGCUGCGCCCCGCCCGCUCGCUAGUCCGCCCCACUGCGGGCCUCGUCCGCCAGGGCUCGGGAUGAGCCGCGGGCCCCUGCUGAGCGGCUCUGGCUCCUGGUGCCCAUCGCUGCUGCUGCCGCCGCCGAAAAGCGGCCGCCGCCCCUGAGGGAAGAAGUAAGGGAAAGUCCCCUGACUCCGGGCAUGAGCUGGACGCAGUGUCAGCUGCGGGACUAAGGCGCCGACAUGAACCUGCACCAGGUGCUGACCGGAGCCGUCAACCCGGGCGACCACUGCUUUUCUGUGGGCAGCAUCGGCGACCAGCGUUUCACGGCUUAUGCAUCUGGAUGUGACAUUGUAAUACUGGGAAGUGAUUUUGAAAGAUUACAGAUAAUCCCGGGAGCUAAACAUGGAAAUAUUCAAGUGGGGUGUGUAGACUGUUCGAUGCAACAAGGCAAGAUUGCAGCAUCCUAUGGAAACGUUAUCUCUGUUUUUGAGCCAGGUAACCUACCGAAGCAAAAGAAAAAUUUGGAAUCAUACAGUCAGUGGCAGAAAAGCGGCCAAUUUUUUCUGGAAUCAAUAGCACACAAUAUAACAUGGGAUCCCACAGGUAGUCGUCUUUUAACUGGUUCCAGUUGCCUGCAGCUCUGGUCCAAAGCUAACUUGGAGAAGCCAACUGAAAAUGAAAAUCCAGAUAAAACAGAUCUUAUCUUUGGGGAGUGGAGAUGCAUUUGGCAAUGCAAAACUGCUUCCCAAAUUCAUUUAAUGAAAUUUUCACCAGAUGGAGAAUUUUUUGCCACUGCUGGAAAGGAUGACUGUCUUUUGAAGGUAUGGUAUAAUGUAGAAAACUGGAGGACCGCUGUUACCUCUCCAGACAGAGGUUCAGAAAAACAAUCCCAAGGAGAAAUUGACUUUUCGUUUGUGUAUCUGGCCCAUCCUCGAGCUGUAAAUGGAUUUUCCUGGCGUAAGACAAGCAAGUAUAUGCCUAGGGCUUCUGUAUGUAAUGUACUGUUAACUUGCUGCAAAGAUAAUGUAUGUCGUCUUUGGGUAGAGACAUUUUUACCAAAUGAUUGUUUGCUCUAUGGAGAUGAGUGCAACCAUUGGACUGAAUCAGUUAAUUUAACAAAUAACUUCAAGAGAAAUGCUUCCAGUAAAGAACGAGUUCAGAAUGCUUUAGAAAUAAAUCUGAGACAUUUUCGUAGAGGCUGGAGGAGAUCACUUGCACUUGUAGCACAUACUGGAUACCUGCCACAUCAGCAGGAUCCUCAUCACGUCCACAGAAACACUCCACUGCAUGCCAAUGCACUUUGCCACUUUCAUAUUGCUGCCAGCAUCAACCCAGCUACAGACAUUCCACUUCUUCCUUCUAUCACAUCUCUGAGUCUCAGUGAAAAUGAAGAGAAGAGUGGACCUUUUGUGGUACACUGGCUAAACAAUAAAGAGUUGCAUUUUACUUUGUCCAUGGAAGUCUUUCUGCAGCAACUUAGAAAAAGUUUUGAACAACCAUCUUCUGAGGCCAGUGUAGAAGACUCUAAUCAGGCAGAUGUGGAAUUUGAUGAAGAAAUGGAUGAUGGUGUCAGUGACCUGAAAAUAAAUCAUGAAAAGAAGGAAUUGGGCAGUGAUAAAAUGGUACCAAACUCAAGUUUAUCAUCAGCUGCCAUCGAUCAUCACAUUGAAGUACUUCUGUCUGAAUGGAGUAAAAAUGCAGACAUGCUAUUCAGUAUUCAUCCCAUGGAUGGUUCUUUGCUGGUUUGGCAUGUGGAUUGGCUGGAUGAAUACCAGCCUGGUAUGUUCCGUCAAGUGCAGGUGUCCUUUGUGUCCAGAAUUCCUGUAGCUUUCCCCACAGGUGAUGCAAACUCUCUCUGUAAAAGCAUAGUGAUGUAUGCCUGUACCAAAAAUGUUGACUUGGCUAUUCAGCAAGGCAAACAAAAGCCUUCUGGUCUUACACGUUCCACGUCAAUGCUUAUUUCUUCUGGUCACAAUAAAUCAACUAAUAGUUUGAAAUUAAGCAUUUUUACCCCUAAUGUUAUGAUGAUUUCAAAGCAUGCUGAUGGCUCACUGAAUCAGUGGUUGGUCAGUUUUGCUGAGGAAUCUGCUUUUUCUACAGUUCUCAGUAUUUCCCACAAAUCCAGAUAUUGUGGUCAUCGUUUUCAUCUUAAUGAUUUAGCUUGCCACUCAGUAUUACCAUUAUUGCUGACAACAUCACACCAUAAUGCAUUAAGGACACCAGAUGUUGAUAGCCAGCUACAACCUUAUGAUGUUGUAAAUACUGAAGAAUGUUCUUUGGGACAACAGAAUAAAAGCACCAUUGAUGUGGCAUUUCAGGAUCCCAAUGGAGUUUAUAGUGAACUUAUUCUGUGGAGGGUAGAUCCAGUUGGGCCAUUGUCUUUUUCUGGAGGUGUUUCAGAGCUUGCUCGGAUUAAUUCUCUUCAUGUUUCUGCCUUUUCCAAUGUGGCCUGGCUGCCUACUCUUAUACCCAGUUACUGUCUAGGUGCGUACUGCAAUUCUCCCAGUGCGUGCUUUGUAGCAAGUGAUGGACAGUAUCUGAGAUUGUAUGAAGCAGUUAUUGAUGCCAAGAAACUUCUAUAUGAACUUUCCAACCCUGAAAUUUCUAAAUAUGUUGGUGAAGUGUUUAAUAUUGUAAGUCAACAAUCAACAGCCAGGCCAGGAUGCAUUAUUGCUUUAGAUCCCAUUACCAAACUUCAUGGCAGAAAAACACAGUUGCUUCAUGUUUUUCAAGAAGACUUCAUUUUGAAUAACCUUGAGAAGAAAAGUCUGGGAAAAGACAGCAUUGUAUGUGAUACAGCAGGUAGCUCACCUAAUGGAUUUUCUGAAAAGUUCUACCUAGUUGUAAUAGAGUGUACUCAAGAUAACCGUUCGUUGUUGCACAUGUGGAAUUUACAUUUAAAGUCUGUUCCUGUUUCAUUGGAUGAAAAAGUUGAUACAAAGAUAACUGAAGUAGUUUGCCAGCCAGAAGAACUUUAUUCUUCUUCUCCAGAGAAGAUAUUAUCUCCUUUUUCACAGAAGUAUCAGGCUUGCAGAGCAAAUCUCCAAAGUACCAGCAAGUUGACUCUUUCUUCAGAAAUGGUUUAUAGCCAAGAGUUUCAUUUACCAAAAGGAGUUGAGAUAAUAAGUGUUAAGCCAUCAGCAGGACAUCUGAGUUCUUCUUCUGUAUAUCCCAUAUGCAGUGCUCCUUAUUUAUUGGCAACUUCAUGCUCAGAUGAGAAAGUAAGAUUCUGGAGAUGCAGAGUAACCAGCUUAGAAUCUGCCACAUCCAAGAAUGGAAAAAUGGAUCUUGUAUACAUUUGGGAAGAAUGGCCAUUACUUAUUGAAGAUGGACUUCAGAGUAAUAGUAGUAUAACUAUUCCUGGAAGGCCUGUAGAAGUUAGCUGUGCACACACAAAUCGUUUAGCAGUAGCUUAUAAACAGCUUGCAUCUAAUAGUAGAUCUUUGCAGGAUUUUAUGAUGCAUGUAAGUAUUUUUGAAUGUGAGUCUACUGGAGGUUCAUGUUGGGUUCUUGAACAGACAGUCCAUCUAGAUGAGUUAAGCACAGUGUUGAAUUCUGGCAUUAGUAUUGAUAGCAAUUUAGUGGCUUAUAAUAAACAAGAGGUGUAUUUAUCCAGUAAAGAGAGUAUCGCAUCAAACACAAAACACUUAGUUCAUUUAGACUGGAUGUCUAGAGAAGAUGGUUCUCAUAUCCUGACUGUGGGAAUUGGAUCAAAACUUUUUAUGUAUGGACCCCUGGCUGGCAAGGUACAAGAACAGUCUUGUAAGGAAAGUCUGGCAUUUCCACUUUGGGAGAGUACUAAAUUUGUGCCUCUUUCCAAAUUUGUACUGUUACGAAGUGUGGAUUUGGUUUCUUCUGUAGAAGGUUCCCCACCUUUUCCUGUUUCUUUGUCAUGGGUCCGGGAUGGCAUCCUUGUGGUAGGAAUGGACUGUGAAAUGCAUGUAUAUUCCCAGUGGCAGCCAUCUUCUAAACAAGAACCUGUUACAACAGAUUCAUACAAUGGGAGUACUCCUUUAAUACAUUUAAUAAAACAGAGUAACUCAUCAAAUUCUGGGUUACACCAUCCAAAGAAAACUCUGACUCGAUCCACAACCAGUCUUGCACAGAAAAUCUGUGGAAAGAAAACUGCAUUUGAUCUUUCAGUGGAUAUGGAAGAUUCAGGUCUCUUUGAAGCAGCCCAUGUACUUUCCCCAACUUUACCUCAGUACCAUCCCUUGCAGCUUUUGGAACUCAUGGAUCUUGGCAAAGUUCGGAGAGCAAAGGCUAUCUUGUCACAUUUGGUUAAAUGCAUUGCUGGGGAAGUUGUAGCUCUGAAUGAAGCUGAAACUAAUCAUGAACGCCGCCUCAGGUCUCUGACCAUCAGUGCUAGUGGAAGCACUACGAGAGAUCCCCAGGCAUUCAACAAGGGUGAAAGUACAGAUUAUACAGAAAUAGAUUCUGUCCCUCCACUUCCUUUAUAUGCCUUACUUGCAGCAGAUGAUGAUAGCUGUUACUCAACUUUGGAGAAAUCUAGUAAUCAGAGUACCUUAAAUAAAUCAAACCAAUUGUCAAAUGAAUGUUAUGAUGAGCUUUUUCAGAUCUCAGCUUCAUUGACUGAUGUUCAUGUAUUAGAAACAGAUGAAGAAAAUGCAAAGCCUAGAGUUAUUGACCUUUCACAGUACAAUCCAACUUACUUUGGUCCUGAGCAUGCUCAGGUUCUUUCUGGCCAUUUGCUUCAUUUGAGCUUACCAGGACUCAGCCGGAUGGAACAGAUGUCUUUGAUGGCCUUAGCAGAUACAGUUGCCACUACAAGCACUGAUAUUGGAGAAAGCAGAGACAGAAGCCAAGGUGGAGAAACUCUUGAUGAAUGUGGGUUAAAAUUUCUUUUGGCUGUUCGACUCCAUACUUUUCUUACAACUUCCCUUCCUGCCUAUCGAGCUCAACUCCUUCACCAAGGCCUGUCUACUAGUCACUUUGCCUGGGCAUUUCACUCAGUAGCAGAAGAAGAACUGCUGAACAUGUUGCCAGCAAUGCAAAAAGAUGAUCCCACUUGGUCUGAACUUAGAGCUAUGGGCGUGGGGUGGUGGGUCCGGAAUACCCGCAUCUUACGCAAAUGCAUAGAAAAGGUAGCCAAAGCAGCCUUUUAUAGAAAGAAUGAUCCUUUAGAUGCUGCCAUUUUUUACCUCGCAAUGAAAAAGAAAGCUGUGAUUUGGGGGUUAUAUAGAUCUCAAAAAGAAACCAAGAUGACACAGUUUUUUGGACAUAAUUUUGAGGAUGAGAGGUGGCGUAAAGCAGCUUUAAAGAAUGCUUUUUCUUUGCAAGGCAAACAAAGAUUUGAACAUUCUGCUGCAUUUUUUCUUUUAGCUGGUUGCCUAAGAGAUGCAAUUGAGGUAUGCCUUGAGAAAUUGAAUGACAUUCAGUUGGCUCUUGUAAUAGCAAGACUUUAUGAAUCAGAAUUUGAUACAUCUGCAACUUAUAAAUCUAUAUUACGUAAAAAAGUUUUGGGAAUUGAUUCUCCUAUAAAUUUGCAUUAUGAUCCUUUCCUUCGAAGUAUGGCCUAUUGGAUUUUGGAAGACUAUAGCAGUGCUCUGGAAACCCUAAUAAAGCAACCUAUCAGAGAGGAUGAUGAUCAAGCCAUGAUGUCGGCCUGUAAUCCUGCAGUUUUUAAUUUCUACAAUUAUCUAAGAACACAUCCUCUUUUGCUUAGACGUCAUUUUGGAUCUUCUGAUGCAUUUUCUACACAAAUGAGUUUAACAGGGAAAAGUGGACUAGCAGGAACAAUUAAUUUAAAUGAAAGAAGAUUAUUUUUUACUACUGCCUGUGCUCAUUUAAAAGCUGGCUGUCCCAUGCUGGCUUUGGAAGUAUUAUCAAAGAUGCCCAAAGUCAUCAAGAGGACAAAACCUUUUUGUAGAGCUUCUAGUUUUCUGGAUUCUAGUAACGACUGUUUCUCUUCUCCAUUAACAUUGGAUAUAAGGGAAGAUAAGUCUUCUGCUAUUGAUUGGUCACAGUCGUUCAUGAAUGGUUUUGGAUCUUCCUCAGAAGGUUCCUCAGAGAAGCAAUCAAACUCCACUCUUUCUUUUGACUGGAGCCAACCAAGUGUUAUGUUUCAGGAUGACUCUUUAGAGUUAAAAUGGGAUAGUGAUAACAGUGAAGAAAAUGAGGAUCUCCCUAUUUCAAUGAAAGAAAUAAACCCUACACAGAGAAAAUUAGGUAAAAAAUUAGAUGAAAUAAGUUCUAAUUACACAGAAUCUCUCAGCACACUAGAUGAAAAUGACAUUUUAAGUCCAUCAGAAGAUAUCAUUGCAGCUCAGUUAAAAUUUAGAGCAUGUUUAAAGAUUCUCACAGUAGAACUUCGUACUUUGUCUACUGGCUAUGAAAUAGAUGGUGGAAAAUUGCGUUACCAAUUAUACAACUGGCUUGAAAAAGAGGUGAUAGCUCUUCAGAGGACUUGUGACUAUUGUUCAGAUGCUGAAGGACUACAGUCUGCCUUUAGUGAAAAUGGAGAUGAAUUCGGAUUAAAUGAAGAUGCUAAAGAUUUACUUCACCAAACAAAAGUGAGACAACUGAGAGAAAAUUUUCAGGAAAGAAGACAGUGGCUCUUGAAGUAUCAGUCACUCCUGAGAAUGUUUCUUAGUUACUGCAUACUACAUGGAUCCCAUGGUGGGGGGCUUGCAUCUGUAAGAAUGGAAUUGAUUUUGCUUUUACAAGAAUCUCAGCAGGAAACACAAGAACCAAUUUUUCCUAGCCCUCUGUCAGAGCAAACCUCAGUACCUCUCCUUUUUGCUUGUACAGCCAGUGGCAAAACAGUAGUUGCCAAUCCAUUACUGCACCUUAGUAAUCUAACACAUGAUAUUCUACAUGCCAUAAUAAACUUUGAUUCACCACCCCAUCCUGAUAUCCAAAGCAAUAAAGUAUAUGUAAUGCAUACUUUAGCAGCCUCACUUUCUGCUUGUAUUUAUCAGUGCCUUUGUGGUAGUCAUAACUACAGUUCAUUACAAACAAAUCAGUUUACAGGAAUGGUAUAUCAGACAGUACUGCUUCCCCACCGACAUUCUUUGAAAACAGGAAGCUUAGAUGAAGCAAUAACUCCCAAUACAUCACCUGCUCAGUGGCCAGGAAUAACUUCUCUAAUUCGGCUUCUGAAUUCUUCUGGUGAGGAAGCCCAGCCAGGGCUAACAAUCUUGCUCUGUGAGAUUCUCACAGCAGUGUACCUUAGUCUCUUCAUUCAUGGCCUGGCAACACAUUCUAGUAAUGAACUAUUUCGGAUUGUGGCUCAUCCUCUAAAUGAAAAAAUGUGGUCUGCUGUAUUUGGUGGAGGUGCUCAUGUUCCCAGCAAAGAACAGACACACUCAAAAGCUUUAACUGGAAGGCACUUUGCUAUGCCUAGCCCCCACCAGGUAGUGGUAUUCUCCAUGGAAUGUGUGGGCUUUUCCAAAGCUCUUUCAGCCAUCAGUUCUCAUAGCCCUCCCAGUCUUGCAGUUUCUUCACUAACGGAAGAAGGAGAAAAACAGAGUAAAAGUUUUAGGCAAUCAAAAAUGUCUUGCAGAGAAUCUGCCCUACUGAACUCUCCCUCACCACCAGUAAACCAGGAGUAUCUGACAGUCAAGGAGAAGUUCAUCCCACCUGAGCUAAGUAUUUGGGACUACUUCAUAGCCAAGCCUUUUCUACCCCCUUCCCAAAGUAGAGCAGAAUAUGAUUCAGAAGAGAGUCUGGAAAGUGAUGAUGAUGAUGAUGAUGAUGAUGAUGAUGAUGUUGAUGUUUUAGCUUCAGAUUUCCAUCUCCAAGAGCAUUCUAAUUCAAAUUCAUACAGUUGGUCGUUGAUGCGAUUGGCGAUGGUGCAGUUGGUGCUCAACAGUCUGAAAACUUUCUAUCCCUUUGCAGGUCAUGAUCUUGCAGAGCUUCCAGUUAGUUCACCACUUUGUCAUGCAGUUCUAAAAACUCUGCAGUGUUGGGAACAAGUUCUUCUCCGUCGACUUGAAAUUCUCGGUGGACCGCCUCAAAACUAUAUUGCAAGUCAUACCUCUGAAGAGAGUUUGUCUGCAGGUCCUGCAAUUCUCCGCCACAAAGCUUUACUGGAACCUACAAACACUCCUUUCAAAUCCAAACACCAUCUGGCACUGUCUGUGAGGAGGCUUUGGCAGUACUUGGUGAAGCAGGAAGAAAUUCAGGAGACUUUUAUCAGAAAUAUAUUCACAAAGAAACGGUGUCUAAAUGAGUCGUUAGAGGACAACAGUGAAACCAUCAAAAAUUCUAUGAUGGAGGAGCCAAACAUCAAUAAGAUAGAAGCAGAUUUGGGAUAUCCUGGAGGUAAAGCAAGAAUUAUCCAUAAGGAAUCAGAUAUCAUUACUGCCUUUGCUGUUAAUAAGGCAAAUAGAAACUGCAUAGCAAUUGCUUCCAGCCACGACAUUCAAGAACUAGAUGUUUCUGGAAUUCUCGCUACACAGAUCUAUACUUGGGUGGAUGAUGAUAUAGAAAUGGAAACCAAAGGAUCAGAAGAUUUCUUGGUUAUACAUACUCAUGAUGAUUUAACAGCUGUUCAAGGUACAACACCAUAUACACAUAGCAAUCCUGGCACUCCUAUCAACUUGCCAUGGCUUGGUAGUACACAGACGGGCAGAGGAGCAUCUGUGAUGAUUAAGAAAGGCAUUAAUAAUGUCAGAAGAAUGACUUCUCAUCCAACUCUUCCUUACUAUCUGACAGGAGCUCAAGAUGGAAGUGUCAGAAUGUUUGAGUGGGGCCAUUCUCAACAAAUAACCUGUUUUCGAUCUGGUGGCAAUUCAAGAGUUACAAGAAUGAGAUUUAACUAUCAAGGAAAUAAGUUUGGGAUAGUUGAUGCUGAUGGAUAUUUAAGUUUGUAUCAAACAAAUUGGAAAUGUCCAGUUACUGGAAGCAUACCUAAGCCAUACCUGACAUGGCAGUGUCAUAACAAAACAGCCAAUGAUUUUGUCUUCGUUAGUUCUUCCUCUCUGAUAGCUACAGCUGGUCUUUCAACUGACAAUAGAAACAUAUGUUUGUGGGAUACUCUUGUAGCACCUGCAAAUAGUUUAGUCCAUGCUUUUACCUGUCAUGAUAGUGGAGCCACAGUUUUAGCAUAUGCUCCAAAACAUCAGCUACUGUUAUCAGGUGGCAGAAAAGGCUUCACAUGUGUAUUUGACCUUUACCAACGACAACAGAGACAGCUUUUCCAGAGCCAUGAUUCUCCAGUUAAAGCCAUUGCAGUUGACCCAACUGAAGAGUACUUUGUUACAGGAUCUGCUGAAGGCAGUAUAAAGAUUUGGAGUCUCUCUACCUUUAGUCUUCUCCACACUUUUAUUAAUGAACAUGCCCGGCAGUCCAUUUUCAGGAAUAUUGGAACUGGAGUAAUGCAAAUUGAGACAGGACCAGCAAAUCACAUUUUCUCUUGUGGAGCUGAUGGAACAAUGAAAAUGAGAAUACUGCCAGAUCAGUUUAGCCCAUUAAAUGAAGUGUUGAAAAAUGAUGUGAAAUUUAUGCUCUAACAUUUUGACAGUAGAUAUAUGAUUUGUUAUCUAUUUCAUGAAAGUGGCCAACAGAUAUAAUGUAUAGUGACCAUUCCUUUUCAGUGCCACAAAUAGUAAGCUAAUGCUUUCUUGUUUUCAUAUUUAUUUUAUGGAGCUUUGCCCUUAAUGCACUGAUGCCUUAAAAAUUAACAAGGUCAUUCAGAAUUAGAUUACAAUGCCUAAGGUAGAAUGCAUAGGUAAUGCUGUAAUAAUACAUAUUUAUAGUUGUUAUAGUAAGUAUGUCAGUGUUAAAGGAGUUUUUUCUUUGUUUUUUUUUAAUUGUUGGUAAAUUCUACAGCAUUAUAUCUCUGCAUGAAUUUAUUUCACAGUAAAAUACACUUUAUGUACAGGCUGUUGCACAUGAUAGUCAUCAUUAAAUUCACCACACACUCGCUUCCUUUAUCAAAGUUAUACAUCCCAGUUCCCCUCCUCUUAAAUAAUGAUAGAAUUAUAUUUGGAAAAGAAUCAAAAAGAUAAUGAGCAUCUCCAUUAGAGCUAACAUUGGAACUAAAGUGAUAAAGGAACCAAAAGGCUAAUUACAUAAAGUUUUCAUCACUUUCCUUUCUGGAGCCAAAUUUGUGUGUAUGUAUACAUAUGUGUGUGAGUAUGUAUGUAUAUAUGUAUGUAUGCACAUCCUAUUUGAACUUAGUUCAUGUGUAUAUAGGAGAUAUAACAAGUCUUUUCAUGUGUUUUUGUGCCAUAACAAUUACUGCCACCAGAAUAACAACUUUUUUUUUGCAACUUUUUAAAUUGUCUUUUUUUAUUUUGACUCCCCAUCCUAAUUUGCAAAUUAAUUUCAGAAAGACUUCGAAGAUUAUUAUUUUAAAUAUUACAUUGAGUCAGGUGUCUUAGAAGGCAAUAAAGAGUCUAUGUUAUCAUGUAUUGAAAGGCAUUUAAAAGUAAGUUUGUGAAAUUUUCAAAGGAUUUUUGAGCAUCAAACAUUUUACUUAAAUUUUAUUUUAUGUGGUUUCUUUAGGUGCUUGUACUCUCAAAAUUCUGAACAAAUGUGAAAACUGAAAACAAAUUAAAUAGAUUGUAUUUACAAAUGUAAACUACCCAGCAGAUCUACCAUGAAUAGAAAAUCAACUAAAUCUUAGAUUUUAUUUUUUUGCCAAAAGAUUAUUUCAUUUAAAAUGUGACCAAAAUAUUAAAAAUGCACAAUGCUUUUAACUUAGAUGUGCUAACAUUAUUUCUGUCCAUUUUGUGCUUUACCUUUUCUGAUUCAGAAUUAUACAAAACUUGAUAAAUACUUGAUUUUAACCAAUAAGGCUGGAGGUAGAUGGGACUAAGUGUUUGAGAGAUGAUUAUAUACUAUUUAGCUUAAAUAUAUUUUGUUUAAUAGAAACUAUGAAAUGAAAUUUUUAUGUAAUAAAAUAUGGACAACUAUCUUGGGAAUUAAAAAGUUAAAUAAAGCAAAGAAAUGAAGGGCUUGUAAAAUGAAUUUUGUAAUAUUCUCAGGAUACUUUUAUCUUAAAAGUAUAUUGUUAAAGAUUUUGUAAAUUGUAUUUCAUAAUUUUAAAUGUAUUGAGCAGGUUGCAGUGGAAACACUGUCAUUAUGUAAUAGAGAGUUUAUAUACAUAUAAUAACCUGUACCUAUAAAUUGUACAAUAACAAUGUGACUAUUUUGCCAUAGAGAAAUCUGAUAGCAUUGCAAACAAUACUAUUGUUUCAUGUAGUUGAGUGUGUUAUUUUUUAGUAAUUUCUUCACAAAUCAAGAUUCAAAGGCUUUAAACACUUUCAAUGAGAGAGGAAAUUUAACAUUACACUUAUGGUAAAAAAAAGGCAUUGUGGAGGAGCAGUUGAGAAUUUUAAUUGAGGGUUUAUACGAAUAACCAUAAAUUAUGUAAACCCAUAUGUAUUUACAUACAGAGUCAUAAUAUUUUAAAUAAACAAUCAUGCAGUGAA